AAUGAAAAAUUGAGCUUCCCACGUGUUCUGUACAGUUGUUCCCCUUCAUCCACGUGCGCCUCCUCCAAACCCUCCCCGUCUCCUUCUUCACUCUAUUUGAACAAACAUUUCGUAUCAGUUCAGUCAAAGCUACAUUUUUCUUCAAUCGCCAUUUUUUGUUAGACGUAGCAAUGGUAAAAGCUAAAAGUUUUAUUCUUGAAUUGGCAAAGGGUUACGAUAAUGGAACAGCGGGAGUUCCCAUCUUUGAUUGGUUCAAUGGAAUGUUGGACGUCUCCGAUGAUGGGAAACAAGGCAUCUUUUAUACUCUAUGUGCCGCCUACGCCUUUGUCUCCUUUAUUGCCCUGGUACAACUCAUCCGCAUCCAAUUGCGUCUUUCAGGAAUUGGUUGGACAACACAAAAGGUUUUUCACUUGAUGAAUUUUGUUGUCUGUGGAUUGAGAGCAAUUUUAUUUGGUGUCUACAGGAGUGUGUUCUAUCUGAGACCAAAAGCACUUGAGAUGAUGCUUCUGGAUCUCCCUGGUCUUCUGUUCUUCUCUACAUAUACACUACUAGUUCUGUUUUGGGCUGAAAUAUUCCAUCAGGCAAGAAACCUUCCAAUUGAUGAACUUCGACCUGCAUAUUAUGCAAUUAAUGCUGUCGUAUAUCUUAUACAGAUAUGCAUAUGGAUCUUCAUUAGGGUUGGCUCAACUUCGGCUGGUGUCGAAACUGCUAAACUCUUUUUCGCAGUUAUUUCAUUUUGUGCUGCUUUGGGAUUUUUCAUGUAUGGUGGAAGGUUGUUCGCAAUGCUUCGGCGCUUUCCUAUUGAAUCUAGAGGCCGUCAAAAGAAGCUCCAUGAGGUUGGUUUCGUGACUGGUAUUUGUUGCACUUGUUUCAUGAUCAGAUGUGUUGUGGUUGCUAUUUCUGCUUUUAAUGGGAAUGCUGAUGUUGAUGUCAUUGACCAUCCAGUUCUCAUUCUCUUCUAUUACAUGGUGGUGGAGAUAUUGCCUUCUGUUUUGGUGCUUUAUAUCCUGCGCAAAUUGCCUCCAAAACGUGUAUCAGAGCAGUAUCAUCCUAUUCAAUAACUCAUAGAAGAGCAUUCGUGAUUUUAGUUAGUGCUUCAGAGUUUUUGUUCGAAGAAGCCUCAACCAAGUCGUGAAAAAUAUUCACAUUUUUCUUUGUUUUUCUUUUAUUGUUUUUGGCGUUUGUCUCGAGUGACGAGGAGGAGUUAUAGUUUGAUUGCAGCACAGUUGUGUAGAAGUCUUGAAUUAUAAAUUAUUCAAAGUGCAUGUGACAUAGAAUCAGAAUUUGGAUAGAAUUAGAUGUUCGAAGUUUAAAGGGAUUCGGAAGUAGUGCCACCUUGGGUUAAA